AUGCCCAGGCCAUGCUCGGAGCCACCACGGACGCUGAAGCCCAGCUUGCCGUCUGCGCUCUUCUCCACCGUGAUGGCAUUGAUGAUGUCGCUCUCGUUGCUGGCAGGCAUGGUGCCCCCGGGGCUGACAGAGGACCAGCUUUGGCGGGCGAAGUACAUCUACGACUCAGCUUUCCACCCUGACACGGGCGAGAAGAUGCUCCUCAUAGGGCGCAUGUCCGCCCAGGUCCCCAUGAACAUGACCAUCACCGGUUGCAUGCUGACCUUCUACAGGACCACGCCGGCCGUGCUGUUCUGGCAGUGGGUCAACCAAUCCUUCAACGCCAUUGUCAACUACACCAACCGCAGCGGGGAUGCGCCCAUCACCCCCAGCCAGCUGGGGACGGCCUAUGUGAGUGCGACCACGGGGGCAGUUGUCACAGCACUGGGGCUCAAAUCGCUCACCAAGGUAAGCCGCUACGUGCCCUUCGCGGCCGUGGCUGCUGCCAACUGCAUCAACAUCCCGCUGAUGCGGCAGAGAGAGCUCAAGCUGGGGAUCCCCGUCACAGAUGAGAACGGGAACCGCCUGGGCGAAUCCACAGCCGCAGCCCAGAAGGCCAUUUGCCAGGUGGUGGUGUCCCGCAUCGGCAUGGCAGCCCCGGCCAUGGAUGGGCAUCGCCAGCCCGCGGGUGGGGGGCACUUGGUGUUUGCGACCCCGCUGUGCUGCGCACUCUUCCCGCAGAAAAGUACCCACCCCGUCUGGGGGGCUAUGCAGCCCCGUGCACCCAGGGCAGGCUGA